AUGGCGGAAGACGACAAGGAUCCGUACGCGGUGAGAGCCUUGCGCGGCUACAAGGCCAAAAGAGCGCAUCGUCGGGAAUUCUUCGAAGCUCAAGUGAGUGUCGGGUUCUGCUCUCCUUCAGAAGGCCCGGGAUUCCAGCCCGAGUUCCUCAACCAGACGACCGGAAUCCAUACGACGACCGGCGGACAGACGACCGUCGGAGCUCAAGAAACCAUGCUCGUCAUGGGAACUCAAAACGACUUUUACAGAAAGGUUCACACUAAACCAUUGAAACAAAAUUUGAAAAAUUUGAAAAGGAAAAAAUGAAAAAUGAAGAAAGAGAAAAAAAAAAACGAAAAUUGAAAUUUCUAGUCCGACGGCGCUCUGCACGACGUCACACACGAGCACUACCAGAAAGUCCUGCAAAGUGCCAAGGUGACGAAAAGUUCGAACAAUGAGAGGACCAGAAAACAAGCCCAUCGGGAGAAAGAGUUCAAAGAAGUUGGUGUCUGGAGGGUUGGGAAGAAAAGAAAUGGUCUUUUCAGUACCAGAAGCUGUGCAAAGACUACGGUCACGAAUACCUCGAAAUUCUCAACAACUCGACGGACAUCGACAAAUCAAACCUAUGUGAGAAUUGAAGAAGAUGCUCUAAACUUGAGUUUGGACUACCGAACGAGACUGGAAGCCCUUAGAAGUUUAACGCUGCUUCAGAACUUGAGAUAAGAACCUAGAGGACUGGAAAAAAUUGCUCAAGAAGUUUUAAAAAUGCACUUCAUCUCUGCGAUUUUCGGAAAGCCUUCAAAAUAUGGAUUUGGAAAAAUAAAUUUUACACUCAAAAAUUUUUUUAAAAAAAGCGUUAUCUGUCAAUAAGAAAAAUAAGCUCGGUCAAAAAAAUAUUUUUCAUAACUCUUUAUCAAUACAAAUUUGAAAAAAAUGAAUGAUUUCAGUCUUCUUCAACGCAUGCCCUAGUCAGAACAAAGAAAAUGAAUAAAAAUUCAAAAUUUUCAGUUCCUCCACGUCCUAAACAACACGGUCACAAAGACAACUUCGACAAAAAGCGGAUGUACGAUCUCAUUGCCUUGUCCAAGUGA